AACAAUCUGUGAGUGUACGUUGGGAUAUAAAGCAUUCAAGAGUAUUUUUGCCCAGCCGAAUCAGUCAGCAUUGAGAGGAGGAUAGGCACACAGUUUUGCAAAAGUCUCAAUCUGCCUCUCAUCACUGCAUAAAAAUCAUUGACGCUUCAUUACUGAUUUUUGUGCAAGGAAACAAUUUUGACUCGCGACAGCAAGCGUGAUUUCCGAACAAUACCAACUCAAAUAAUGGCAGAGUUGACAAACGAGGAGGUGGAGCUGGUCGACCAGUUCCGGAAGCGUUUUGACGACAACGUUUUGAAUGACGAUGAGCAUCGCAGCGACCAAUUUCUGAUCCGAUGGGUACGAGCUCGAAACGGGAAUCUGGACGCUGCAGAGACAAUGUUACAAGAAUCAUUUCGAUGGCGUAAAGAACAUGACCUCUCGUCCGCUGUGAGACAAGAGUUUCCUCCAAUUCUCCACCAGCUGGCCCCGUAUCACAUUGGAAGGAGAGACCGCCAGGGUCGUCUCGUGGUGGAAGUGGACUUUGGAAAAUGGGACAUUCGGAAGAUCGUCUCGACGCUGGGCGAAACGGAAUUUUUCAACUACACGAAUAAAUUUUUCGAAGAAAUAAUGCUCGAAAUUGCAAAGUGCAGGAUGGGCGAAAAAUCAAUGGCAAAAACGCAGAUCACUGUGUUUAUAGAUUUCUCAGGCUACUCUUACUCGCAGCUACUCAACGUUCGAGGCGUCCAAAGCACCAUAAACAUGGCUGGAAAAUAUGAGGCACACUAUCCAGAAAUUUUGGCAGUGGGUGUAAUUAUAAAUGCCCCGACAGUAUUUUCCAUGUUCUACUCGCUUGUGAAGCCCCUUUUGCCGGUGGAGACGGUGGCCAAGCUCCAAAUUUAUGGGUCUGAUCGAUCCACGUGGGAACCCGUGGUGGACGCUCUGGUGGAGAAGGAUCAAGUGGGGGUCGGCUACGGGGGCACGGCAACUAGACCACCUCCUCAGACACCCACAACUGCUGAGUCAACAACACCGACACAAUGAGGCUAAUUAACGUAUAAAUGGUCAAGAAAUUCGGUCUACCUCUAAUUUAUUCCAUGUAAACAUGUUCAAUAAAAGCAAGUAUUAUGUAUGUAAUGUGA